AUGGCAUCAGGGAAAUACUCCAGGAUUGAUGGAAAAAAAUCUCUGUCGAGUUACUGUUCAACGGUGACUAUAGUUGUGUUUGUGGCCCUUUGCUUAGUUGGGGUGUGGAUGAUGACAUCAUCAUCUGCAGUUCCUUCUCAGACUGUAGAUCUGUCCUCUCAGGAAAACAAAAAUGGGGCAAGGGAAGAAGUUAGUGAAAGCAACCCAAGCAAGGUAAGCAAUGAUAAUAAUGAGACCAACUCUAAGGAGUUUGAGGAUAAUCAUGGUGAUUUGCCUGAAGAUGCAACGAAAGGGGAAGGCACUGUAAACGUUGCUCAGGAGGAGAAAAAUAAUGCUGAAGUGAACUCAAACACUUCUGAGAAAAACAUGGAAGGAAACAAGGAAGAGAAGCCUGAAAAUGAUCCUUUAAAGGAGAGUGUAGCAGAAGAGACCAAGUCAGAAGAUGGCCCCAAGGCCGAGGCAGAAAAUGGAGAAGAAAAAUCUGGAGAUGGGAAUUCUAAUAUGGAAGACAAAGAUUCUGAAGUGGGGAAGACAAGAAUGGACAUUGUUAAUGACAACUCUGGAGGUGAUGCUAAGGAGGGGUCUACUAGUGGGAAAUCUGAUUCAGUGGAGGGUGAGAAGAAUACAGUGGAUGGAACAAAAGAUGCUGAUGAAGUAGCUGGUAAGAUAGAAGAUAAGGUGGUGCAAAAUGAAAAGAAAGAGAUAGAUCAGACAUCUGGAAAUGAAAAUGUGGAUGCUCAGUCCAAAGAUGUGGCUCCAGGUGAGGUAUUUCCUUCUGGGGCUCAGACAGAGCUUCUGAAUGAAACUACAACUCAAAUUGGGGCUUGGUCAACUCAGGCUUCAGAAUCCAAGAAUGAAAAGGAAGCACAGAGUUCUCCAGAAGCAAAAGAUCAAUCGGGGUUCAAUUGGAAAAUUUGUAAUGCUACUGCUGGGUAUGAUUUCAUCCCUUGCCUUGAUAAUCUACGAGCGAUUAAGCACCUGAAAACUACAAAGCACUAUGAGCAUAGGGAAAGGCACUGCCCAGAUGAUCCCCCCACUUGCCUUGUUCCUCUUCCUGAAGGUUACCAACGCCCGGUUGAGUGGCCUACUAGCAGGGAAAAGAUAUGGUAUCAUAAUGUUCCCCAUACAAAACUUGCGGAAUAUAAAGGGCAUCAAAACUGGGUGAAAGUUACUGGUGAAUUCCUUACUUUUCCUGGUGGUGGGACUCAAUUUAAGCAUGGUGCUCUUCAUUACAUUGAUUUUAUACAACAGUCUAUACCGGAUAUUGCCUGGGGAAAAAGAUCUCGUGUGGUUCAGUUUGCACUUGAAAGGGGAAUCCCUGCUAUAUCUGCUGUGAUGGGAACUAGGAGACUUCCAUUCCCAGGCAGAGUAUUUGAUGUUGUCCACUGUGCACGCUGUAGGGUCCCCUGGCAUAUUGAAGGAGGUAAACUUCUAUUGGAGCUAAAUCGAGUUCUGCGACCUGGUGGAUAUUUUGUCUGGUCUGCUACUCCUGUGUACCAGAAACUUCCUGAAGAUACUGAGAUUUGGAAGGCCAUGAAGCAACUGACAAAGUCAAUGUGCUGGGACCUUGUGCAAAUCAGUAGGGACAAGCUGAAUAAAGUGGGAAUUGCUAUGUUUCAGAAACCUACAUCAAAUGAGUGCUAUGAGAAAAGAUCACAGAAUGAGCCUCCCCUGUGCCAAGAAUUUGAUGAUCCAAAUGCAGCCUGGAAUGUGCCAUUGCAAGCCUGUAUGCAUAAAUUGCCUGUUAAUGCAUCAGAACGUGGGUCUCAGUGGCCGGAACUAUGGCCAGUGAGAUUAGAUAAACCACCUUAUUGGUUGAUUUCUGAGGUUGGAGUUUAUGGCAAGCCAGCACCUGAAGAUUUCACUGCAGACUAUGAGCAUUGGAAAAAUGUGGUUACUAACUCAUAUCUUAAAGGAAUGGGGAUAAACUGGUCCACUGUGAGGAAUGUCAUGGAUAUGAAAACUAUCUAUGGAGGAUUUGCUGCUGCUCUGAAAGACUUGAAAGUGUGGGUCAUGAAUGUGUACAAAUCACCUGGUCCUGAUUUUAUAAUUAUUUUGUGGCCACACAGGUGCAAUUUAGUGGCUUUGAUUGCAGAGGUUGAUCGCAUUCUAAGACCAGACGGAAAGCUUAUUGUCCGGGACAAAGUUGAUACAAUGAAUGAGCUGGAGAGUUUACUUAAGUCCAUGCACUGGGAGAUUCGCUUUACCUACUCCAGGGAUAAGGAAGGAAUACUGUGCGCCCAGAAGACUGUGUGGCGUCCAGCCGAGGUGGAGACAAUCAUGUAUGCUAUAAGUUAA